AUGGAGUUAAAUCGAAUGCUAUACUUGUUAGCAUUGCUUGCCUUUUGUAGCACAGCCUGGCCUAUUAAUCAACCCAAAACAAAUGUUUGGAUAACUCUGGCUAAUGCAACCAAACAAGAUACCUUAUGCCUGGCCACUGCAUCCCCAGAAAAUCCAUUUUCAACCUGUUUAGUCGGUUUGCCAUUAGAUGGCUGGCCAAUACCAGAAAUUACCAAAAGCAUAGUACAGAGCUCAAAUCCUGUUGAUACAUGGGAUCAGUGGACUCCUUACCUUCCAAUAACACCCUUGGAGCCACAAGAAUUAGAACUCCUGGGUUCUGUAAAAAUGGAUUUUUGUGUUAAUUUUGAUUACACAGGAAAAAACCAGUCAAAAGCCUGGGAUGUUUCUCCCUAUCACCCUGCAUAUAAAAAUCAGACCUCUUGGUGCAAUUACACUUCUGGCAGCCCUUCUAAAUCCAGUAACGCCCCACUGUGGCUGCCAUCAGGAAUGUUUCUGAUUUGUGGGGAUCGGGCCUGGGCUGCUAUCCCCUCACACAUAAAGGGAGGUCCCUGUAGUUUGGGACGACUGACUGUGCUAACACCUAAUAUGUCCAUGAUUUUGCAGCACAAGUAUCCCCACAGAAUAAGGCGCACUCUGCAUGCCUUUGAUGAAUACUGCGAUGAUGAAUUGUCUUUGUGGUCUGAGACCCAGAUGAAUUUGGCUUCUUCGCUUUUGCCAGGAAUGGCUGCAAAAAAGGCCUUAAGUCAAUUAAAUAAGGUAGCCUGCUGGCUGGCAAAGCAGACAAAUGCCACCAGCUCAGCUUUAUCAAAUUUAUUAACAGAUGUUGACAGUAUAAGACAUGCUACCCUUCAAAACCGUGCAGCCAUUGACUUCAUCCUCCUUGCUCAGGGCCAUGGAUGUGAAGAUUUCGAUGGAAUGUGUUGUAUGAAUCUUUCUGAUCACUCAGAAUCUAUCCAUAAAAGCAUUCAGCAGCUAAAAGAGAGUGUAUUUAAAUUAAAGGUAGAAUCUGGAUCUUGGCUAGAUAACUUGUUUAGUGGCUGGGGUUUGACACCCUGGCUAAAAGAUAUUCUUAGGAUAGGAAUGCAUGUAAUGAUUUUAAUAAUAAUUGUAUUAGUUAUGAUACCUUGCUUGCUUCAAUGUGUGCAGAGAUUAGUUAAUAAAGCCAUCAAGGGGGUAUUCUUGGUAAAUACAGAAGGGGGAGAUCUGGGAAUACACAAGACAGAGAGUCAAACAGACUUGAUUAGCAUAUCUGGUUUGAUAACCAAGAUGCCAUGGCAGGAACAAACAGAACUGUGA